AUGUUGUAGUUUUUCUAAUUAACAGUGAGAAUCAAGAGAUUUCCUUGCGCAUUGAGGGAUCAGAACUAUACUAGAUAAUUCAGUAAUUAAAAUUUAAGGAAUUAGUAGUUCAGAUGAAUAAUUCAAAUAGAUAAGUUGAAUUGAUGGAUUUGGGAGAUUACUAAGUCUGA